CGAGUCCGCCACGGAGGCGAAUCCACUUUACAGCAACCGCCGCGAUUUGUUAUGUAGUUACGACGUGCCGUAACACGUUAUAUUUCCCGUUGGGCCUCGUGGAGUUGGUCAUUUUUACAGCUGCAUAAUGUUUAAGAAGUUUGAUGAGAAGGAGAAUGUCUCAAACUGCAUCCAGCUGAAAACAUCUGUUAUUAAAGGCAUUAAGAGUCAAUUGGUGGAUCAGUUCCCAACAAUUGAGCCAUGGUUGAACCAAAUCAUGCCAAAGAAGGACCCUGUAAAAAUAGUAAAAUGCCAUGAACAUAUUGAGAUCCUGACGGUUAAUGGAGAAUUGCUGUUCUUUAGACAAAGGGAGGGACCAUUCUUCCCCACCUUGCGAUUACUUCACAAAUAUCCUGUCAUUUUGCCACAACAGCAGGUUGAUAAAGGAGCUAUCAAGUUUGUGCUCAGUGGUGCCAAUAUCAUGUGUCCUGGUUUGACCUCCCCUGGAGCUAAGCUGUACCCAGCUGACAUUGACACAAUAGUUGCUAUUAUGGCAGAAGGCAAACAGCAUGCCCUUUCUGUGGGAGUCAUGAAGAUGCCAGCAGAUAAAAUUGAGCAAGUGAACAAGGGUAUUGGAAUUGAAAACAUGCAUUACUUAAAUGACGGUCUCUGGCAUAUGAAGACAUACAAAUAACAACAAAUUCAAGAUCGAUUUCUGAAGGAAAAAUGGACUAACAACUGCAAGAGAUUAAGAUAUUUGAACAGUAAAUUUUCAAUGCGUUAUUUUUCUCAUACACCGGACAUUAUAGGAAAAAAGUUUUGUGUGCACCUGAUGCCAUUUUCUUUUUGUGUAAAUCUGUACAAAGUACAAAAGGAGUUGUAAUCAUGGUGAAAAGCUACUUCUAGCAUGUACUUCAUUGACUUCCUUUGUGAAAUCCAAUCAAUGCAGAUGCCUUUAGCAUGUACAGUUGGUUUAUACAAAUAUAAAUGCACAUUUGGAAUUUCUGAAUGUUUACUGAAUUAAUACCGAGAUGAUAUGAUGAAUAAUUUUUAAAAAGAUAUUUCAGAUCUUUGCAUGUUGUAAUUCCAUCUUUGGAAGAAAAAGCUUUAAUUUGACUUGAGAAUUCUCUUACCAGUUUCAUCCCACUUGAGGAGAAAAUGGUGAAUUCCUACAUCUAUAUGAUAUUUAAUGGUAUGUAUUACCUGAGAGUUGAAAAGUUUGAGCCUUGUUAACAUAUUGCAGCCAGGUAAUGGUUUGGAGAAUAGGUGAAACUUUCUGCUGUGAACUGUGAUGCAGAUUUAUUAAAAUAUCAAAUGCACAAUAUCAGUGAAUGAUUGUAGCUUUAUUUUUUAUGAACUCAUAACCCUACUUGAAUCGGAUAAUAACAAACGAUGUAGUUGCAAUUGCUAAUUUGGCUAGUGGUCAUUUUAUUUUAAUCAUCUGACAGUACUAAUAAUUGCUUCUAUGUUUCCUUUUUUUUAAAGAGUUUUCCUGUCUUUUUUUAAACCAGCUGAUGAUUGUGCAUUGACAACAUUAACAUUUCUUAUAUGCUGAACUAAUCAUUAAAUCCAGAUUGCUGUCUUAGCAUCUUGUUCAAGUUCUGUGUAGUAUCUACCUAAAUCCAGCUAUUUGUCAUAUUCACGUUGAAGUAUUAGUUGUGCCUCAUGAAUGGAGGAUUUGUAAUUGGCAUAAUAUAACUGAUAGGCAGUCAUUCCAUGCAGAGAAUUAGAGGUGGAGGUUGAGUUUCUCAUCCUUGUCAAAAUUAUAGUAUCUGAGGGGAAUAGUUCUUACAGCCAUAGAUUUUUGUUUUUGCAGCAUUGUUUUCUGGCUCAAGUGGACAUGCUCCAUUCAUAGCUGGGAAACUGACCACUUCCAUUAACUGCAAAAUCCUUUGUUACUUCCACAACUUUGUGAAGGAAAGGGUACCAGACCUUCGAAAAUGUCUUGCAUACGAUGGAUGCUUAAUUUUCAAUUAUGUCGCAAACAUCUAGACAAAAUGUACAGUUUAUAAUGUUCAUUUAGUGACUGGUCUCCAGGUAAUAGAAGAACUGAAAUAAGUGGUCCUCAAGACAGAAAUAUUCAUUAAUGCUCAAAUGUUAUAUGACAGCAAAAAUAUUUUCAGAUAUAUAGAUUUCUGAGCAAAAACAUUCAUUCUUAAAAGGAUUAAUAAAUCAGCCAUGAUAGAACAGUGGAGCAAACUCAAUAUCCCGAAUGGCCUAUUUGUAUUCCUAUGUCUUAUAGUCUAAUAAUCUAAUUAGUCCAUCGUUGUUAAUUGAAACAAAGGUAAUGACACCUGCAAGGAAGCAAAUGGCCCUGGAGCCCAAUAACUAAAUUCAGUGGCCCCAAACAGUUCUUCCAGCUGAAGCGACACUUCACCUGUAAGUGUGUCGGAGUCACCUGCAGAAUCCGGUGCUCCUGGUGUGGUCUCUACAUCAGUGAGAUCUGACGUAGAUUGGGAGACUGCUUCAUCGACCAUCUUCACUCUAUCUGCCGCAAAAGAUGACCACCCACUUUAAAUCCACUUCCCAUUCCCAUUCCAAUAUUUCAGUUCAUGGCCUCCUCUGCUGCCACAAAGAAGCUACUCUCGGGUUGGAAGACCAACACCUCAUAUUCCAUCUGGAUAGAUCAAAACCUAACUGCAUGAACAUCAAUUUCUCUAACUUUCGGUAAUUUCUCCUUUCUCUUUCCUAACACUUCUCUCUUAUUCCAUUCUGCAGUUUGUCUCCUCUCCUAUCCCUCCUUUUCUCCUCACUUCCCUCGGGUACCGCUCCUCCUUUCCUUUCUCCCAUGGUUCACAAGAAACUUAGGUUUCUUCUUCAGCCCUUAACCUCUUAACCCUUAACCUGUCAGCUUUUCACUUCCUCACCCACUCAUCUUCCCUCUCACCUGGUCUCAACUAUCACCUGAAAGCUUGUACACCUUG